AUGGAAGUAGGGAAUGGAAGGAGAACACUCUUCUGGGAAGAUAACUGGGUCCAAGGUGGCCCCCUGAAAGCAAGUUUUCCAAGGCUCUUCUCUAUUUCAAACCAGCAGGGAUCUGUGAUUAGGGAGUGUGGGUUUUGGGACGGGUUAGAUUGGGUUUGGAAUUUUCAGUGGAGGAGAGAGUUGUUCCAAUGGGAAUCGGAACUUGUCCAUCAUCUUCAUGAGAGAUUAAGGCCAGUAAAGCUAUCAACUGGUAGAGAGGAUAAUGUUAUUUGGAAGUUUGAUCAAAAAGGUAUUUUUUCUACUAAUUCUUUUCUGCAGGUACUACAAUCGGAGACUUUAUCAGACGAGAUUACGAGCUAUAAUUUCACUAGUUCAAUUUGGAGAGGGGUGGUACCUCCGCGAAUUGAGCUCUUUGGAUGGUUUGUGCUAGUUGGUAGAGUUAAUACAAAAGAAAGGUUAAGUAGACUAGGCAUUGUUCUUAACAGUGAUAAUAUUUGUGCUUGGGAUAGAGAUUGGACUAUUCCUGGCACCAUGAAAGAACUGUUUGAGAGUUGGACUACCAUGCACUAUAGGAAAGAAACGCAGAAGACUUGGCUGACUGGGUUCUUUGCAGUGAUCUGGAACAUCUGGUUGGAGCGCAAUGCGAGAAUUUUCAAGAAUAAAGAAACAGGUGUUGAUAUCAUAAAGAGAAAGUCGUUUUUUAGCUACAAAGAAUGGACUGAUAAUGAUCCUUUUGGUUGUUGA